CUUCGUCUAAUAAGAACUCUACAAUCGUUGUUGUCCAACCGGAAAUCCUGUCCCCAUCAUGGAGAAUUCGACGCUGCUCAAUGCUAUCCCUUUGGAAAUUCGCAACAACAUUUAUUCAAACAUAUUGAUCAAAUGCGCGAAAUUCGACACGCCCCGCCACUGCACAGGCUCACCAUUCAUCCUACUUGCACGGAGUCUCCCUGGGUGUCUGCUCCUUUGCCGACAAACGCUUGAGGAAGCUAGUCUUGUUUAUCUCCAGCAAACGGUCGUUGUGUACCGCUAUCCGGGCUAUUCGGGAUUACGCGAUUUUCUCGAGAGCUUUCCGAACAAAGCCGGCUACAGCUACGUACGGAGACUGGCACACAUGCAUCCCCAGAGUCUGUCCGCUACGCUGAGGAAAUCUCGUAAAGAGAUGGCCGAGCCUCGUUUCUUUGGUGACAUCGUAUCUUUCUGCAACGGGCUGCGUGAACUACACCUCAAUCCCACCGUCCCGAGCGCCUUCUUCCUCCGCUAUGAUUACUCGCAGUCUGUCGACGCAUUCGCCAACUCCGCCGAAAUGCAGCUUGUCUUCGCCAACCCUUACAUUCGCUCUUUGGAGAUCAUAUGUGACGGUGGCGCGAUAACUGAGCAAUCUCUGAAGAUGUUCAAGACCUGGUUUCGACAGGAAUGUCGGAAUAGAGAAACGACGAUUGACUUAAGGGUCAAAGUUACAGCAAAGCCUCCGGGUGAUCCAGAACGAUAUAAGAUAAACAAGAACGGCGUAGAAGUGUAUUGCUAUCACGAUUUCUUUGGUUAGUAUACUUGGAGUUACGAAUUCUACACUAUUGCUGUAUUUGUCGUAGCCAGAGAAGACAAAGACUUAGUUUCGCUUACUUGUCACGAUGGCGUCAAAAA